AUGCCCACGUCCUACCGCCACUGCUGCCUCAAUGCAUGCACCACCAAGACGACGGCCUGUCAGUCAAGAUCGGGCCAACAGGGGCAGCCGAAGGGAGAGCAACAGGGGAGCCAGGGCCCCAGCCCACAGCCCCCUCCCACACCCAUCCAGAGCCACGAUGAUGGCGACACAUCCCAAACGCACUGCCGCCGUCACCUCCACCCCGCCCACCAGAGGGCAGGCAUAUGGUUCACCCACACCCACCACCCCAUCCUCUUGACGCCCUGGCGGCGCGCACAACCAGCAUGUGCCGCCCUUGCCAGCCCUUGGGAGGCCCCGUGA